AAGAGCGCUUUGAACGUUGCGUCUCGUAGAAAAAGAGUAUUUUUACAAGCGAAUAUAAAUAUUCGAAAGCUUGGAUCGUUGACGUCAUCGCAAGAGAAUUUCUGAGUGUUUCGCGUAAUAUUUUCCUAUAAAUAAUCAAUUUUGCUCCGAACGAUGUCAGACGAUGAAGAUUAUAUGUCUGAUAAAUUUCUACAAGAUACCGAACGAAAUGUCUCGUCGAGUCUUAUAUACAGACGUUCUGAUAAAAGAGAAUUUGCAUUAAUGAAGAAAAAGGCUGAAAUUCAAUCUAGAAACAAGUCAAUACAUGUAGUCGAAGCAGAAAAAAGGGAGGAAGGCUUGUCAUCUGCUAUUACUAGUGCAAAUAAAGGUUUUGAAAUGUUGAUGAAAAUGGGGUACAAACCUGGUCAAGGAAUAGGUAAGACUCAAUCAGGAAUGACUGAACCAAUUUCUGUGGAAGUGAAGGCGGAUAGAAAAGGUCUAGGCAAAACGUUAAAGAAAGAUACACAUAAAUCUAAGAAUACAAAUGCAAAAUUAAAUAAUAUGGAUACCAGAGAUUUCCGUAACAGGUUAGCCCAAGAAAAGGCGGAACAGCUUCAGAAAAUCGAUUUGUACAAAAGUCAAAAGGUGUGUCAAGAAUUGGACACUAAAGAAAACGUCGAAAAACCCGAAGAGUCGUGGUUUUGGGUAGAGAAUAAAGAAGAGAAAGAAGAUGAUGACACUGAUGACGAUAUCGAGGAUGACGAAAUUCUCAGUAAUUUAGAAAAACUUGAUAUUCUUACUAAAUAUUUAAGAAAAAAAUACUUCUACUGUAUCUGUAUCAAUAAAAACAAUAUUAUAAUGUUGGUAGCUCCAAAGUCUCUGCUAGUUCUCGUGGUUUACGUUACAAUUAGCGAUGCUGAAAUAACUGAGGUAGAUGACGAAAGUUGCGAGACUCUACAAUCGGAAAUACGCAUCACUAAAGACGAAUAUGAUGAAUUAGCACGUCUGAGAAGAACAUGCAGCGGUGAUGUAUCGGUCACGAAAUGCGAAGGAUUCUGUAACUCGCAAGUACAGCCAAGCGUCGUCACUACUACGGGCUUCUCAAAGGAGUGCUACUGUUGCCGUGAGAGUUAUCUAAAGGAAAGAUUUGUCAUCUUAAAUCAUUGCUACGACGCGGAUGGGAUCAAAUUGAUAGGCACAGAUGACGAGGCAAUGGAAAUCAAGAUACGGGAACCCGCCGAAUGUAAAUGUAUAAAGUGCGGCGACUUUGCAAGAUAAGACAGCAACAACUUGAAAUAUAAAUUAUACAUUCUCUCAGCAGUGAAAUUGCAACAAUUAUAUGUGACAGUUAUAUCAAUAGAUAGAAAAGAAAUUAUUAUAUUGUAAUGACGGUAAAAAUAAAUAGUAU